AUGCCCGCUAAAAUACGAGAUCUGUUAAAAGAGGUUGGUGAUGAACCUAUUCUUAAAAUUCAACUUGGUCGUAGACCUGUUAAAGAAUUUGCUCUUAACAUACUAGACUAUUUAAGUGAUUCAAAAUUUCUUGAUAAACAAGAUGAACUUGGUUAUGAUGAAAUCUAUCACAAUUAUUUACUUAUUACUAUUCAAAAUAAUCAUGGAUUCAAUGUAUUACAACAUAUACUUGACAAUGCUCCAUAA